AGGACGGCAGAGUUUCGAUAGAGAGCUACGAGGACUUUAACACCUGUUCGCGAGACAGACAGACGUUUGGAGAUACGCGCGGGGUGCGCGAAACAGGGUGUGAGUGCGCGUGAAAAAUUACGCUUUUGUGGACUGUCAAAGGGGACUAGGUAGAAGGGAUCCGCUGCUUGAGUUUGAGUUUGGCUGCGUCCAUGUCUGACAUAUACAACCUGGACUCGCAGUGCGUAACGCCACCAUGCAACAUGAGCUGGGCCAUGGAGCCUGCCAACUUCUAUGACAAUAAAGUCAUGCCAGGGGAUGCCAAAUCCGGGGGAGAGCGUGGCAUGUCCGAGGAGAACAGCGGCGGCGGCGGCGGCAGCAUGAUGGAGCUCAGCAACGCGCCUGCCAUCUACGAUGAUGAGAGCGCCAUCGACUUCAGCGCCUACAUCGAGUCCAUGUCCACGGUUCCGCUGGAGAUCUGCAACGACGAGCUCUUUGCAGACUUGUUCAACAACGUGAAGCAAGAGAAGCCAGACUUUUACCUGCCGAGCGCGUUUGCGCAAAAGAGCGCGGAGAGGCUGCAGCAGCAGCAGCAGCACCACCAGGAUGGGGGCUUUGGCAAGGGCGCGUUUUGCGCACCGAUCAAGAAGGAGGCGGACUGGAGCGACAGCGAGCUGUCCUCUUCCUUACCAUCUCAGAUCGAGACGUGCGCGCAGACCUCCGUGAGCCUCAUGCACACGGGCCAGCCGACACCUCCCACCACACCUGAGCCAGAGCCCGUCACCCAGAGGAGGCUGGGAAAGGAAAAGGGCAAAAAGUCAGUCGACAGGCACAGCCCGGAGUAUCGGCAGCGGCGCGAGCGGAACAACAUCGCCGUGCGUAAAAGCAGGGACAAGGCGAAGCAGCGCAACCUGGAGAUGCAGCAAAAGAUGAUCGAGCUGGGCGCCGAAAACGACCGCCUGCACAAAACGAUCGAUCAGCUGACGAGAGAACUGAGCAGCCUCAGAAACUUCUUCAAACAGAUGCCCGAACCUUCGUUCGGGACGGCGGCGCGAUUGGCUGUUGACAGUCGGUGACGCACGUCGAAAGACAGAGCCCCAAAAACCUUGCCAAAAACAUACCUCAGCGAACUUGAAUUACUAUGUUCUUCUGUAGCAGACGUGCAUUAAGUUACACAUCGGAUGACGGACUUUGGACUCUUUGUGAUUAUUUUUGUGAAUGUUUUUGUAUUCUAAAUUAUUACAGAACAACUUCAUAUAUGUUUUUAUGGUACUUGUUUUAUAAUUCCCAGAAAACUUCGUAUUAAUGCCAGAGCAUGUUUGAAAAUUGUACAGUGUGUACAAAUGUACAAUAAAACGACGUGAAAUUUCAAAAAGA